ACGGGCUGUAGCACGGGACGCGGGGCUGGGAGGCGGCAGCAGCAACUCGGGCUCCAGCUCUGUCUCCAGGGGCGCGACCUCGACACCGAAGCCCCGCCAGGCCCAGGUCCAGGAGCCCUCUUGCGCAGGCCCCAAUGCCAGGACCCAGUCUCUUGCCGCUGGCCUGCCUGGCCCUGCUCUCUACGGCCUUGCUGCUCACGGCCACCUGGACCGACUGCUGGGUAGUUAACUCCGACGAUAGUCUGGAGGUAAGCCACAAAUGCCAGGGGCUGUGGAGGGCGUGUGUCACCAAUCUACUAGAUGGGAUCCGGACCUGUGACCAGUACGAUUCCAUCCUGGCCACCCAUCCACGGCGGCGGGUGCUGACCAGGUCCCUGCUGCUCGUGGCUGGGCUGCUGUGCAGCUGUGGGUUGGUGGCCCUGCUCCUCACUCUGACCCGGGCACAGCUCCUGGGCACUGACCCCAGGACAAGGAUUCGGCUGGCCUGGGCAGCGGGCUGCCUCUUAGCUGCUGGAGGGUUCCCUGGAGCACUGGGCUCACUCUGGUUUGCUGUGGAGGUGGCUAUGGAAAGAACCCUACCUACUCAGCCCCGAGGACCCCUUACUGGCUACUACGAAUGGGGCUGGUCAUGCUGGUUAGGCAUUGUGGGAUCUGCUGGCUGCAUGGCCACUGCGUUGGGACUGGCUUGCUGUCUUCCAGGACUCUGGCUCCCAGGCAGGAGAGGCCCUGGACACCAAAUCAGAAGCAGGCUGCACCCACCCAUAUAUAUCCUGGACUCCAGUGUCUAAGGCCAUAGCUUCCUCAACCCCAUCAGCACUGCCACAGUUUAGUCUCAGACUCUUAGAGCCAAAGGACAGAUUAGAGAUCACCAAGAUUCAGUUUGAUGUUUAAAAGUUUUAACAAUAUCUUUUGUUUUUAUACUACAUUCAUUUCCCAGUAUAUCUCUUCCCUGCCCUCCCACCCAGCAAGACUUCCCUCAUAACAUUCAGCAGAACCAACCAGUGCAUCAACCUUGUUUAGCCUCCCAUGCAAUUCAGAAGCAAUUAUUAAGUGCCUACUAUAUGCUACACCUACUAUGUACUGAGUCCUAGGGAUACA